UCCCAGAAAAUAUUUGAAUAAUUUGAAUUUACGUCAGAUUUAUUUUCGUAAAAAUAAAUCUAAAUAAAUUUGUGGUUCAGAUAAUAAACAUUUUAAAGGCGAUUGAAAUGGAGACAAUCUGUGAAGAGUAUCCCAAACGCAUAAAUGAAAUUGGCACGCCAGAAAACCAAAAUCCUUUUGUUAUUCAAAAUGAACUUCAGUGGGGUGCUUAUUACAGACAAUUCAAGAAGAAAGAAAAAGAUAGCAAACUUAUUCCACCUAUGAAAGCCCCGAUAGAUAUACCUUUUGAACUUUGUCGUGCGAGACAACAUAAAAGGUCGAGCAAGAACACGCAGGUACAGAAAAACAAGUUACCCGAUGGCCAAAAAAUGAAAAAAUUGUCAUUGCUGGAGAAAAGUAUAAUGUCCCAAAGUAAAUAUAUGGAAUAUUUAUCAAUUCCGAACCCAAAAUAUGAGGAACCACCUAUGAAGAAGAGAAAGAGAAGGUGCGAAAUAGAACCUUGUCCUCCUAGGUUCGUCCAACUCGCAGUACCAAAUAAACGGAGAGUUUUUGCGAAUUGGAAAGAUUAUCAUAAAGUAUUACCAACUGAAAUGUUGUUGAGAUUUGAGCAAAUACUGCACACCGACAAAAAUUUAGAACCAAGAGACGCGCGAUACUAUUAUAAAAAACUAGACAAGCAGAAGAAAAAACGAGCUCUGGCCAAAAAACGACGAUUGGAGAGAAAGAGGAAAGAAAAGGAAAAAGGUGAUAAAGUUUGGUUAGAAAGUCAUAUUGAUGAUUCUGUAAAAGCCAUCUUGGAUUUUAUAAAAAGUGAACCCCUUUUUUCCUUGAAUUACAAACAACUGCUGUUGUCUGAUGGGAUUUUAACAAAACUAGAUGAGAAUAACAUUAUGAAGAAACCUAGGAGGAAUUCUAGGAACUACUACAAGAAAACAAUCAUUGAGGUGUGUGAUAAGCUAUCUUUAUGGAUGGAUACCCUCACAAAAUUCGUAGACGUCCAAGCAGUCGAGAGUAAAGAAGAUAUUCCUCCUUUGACGAUUUCCUCUCUAGAAGAGGAGAGCGAGGGUGAGAGUGGAGAGACAACCAGCGAAGGGACACGCGAGGGGACGAGUGAAGAAGCGAGCGAAGAAUCUGAGGAAGGAAUUGGUGAGGGAGCAAUUGAAGGUGACAUAGAAGGAGAUGAAACUGAAAGAACCACAGAUGUUGACUCAUCGGCUGAAGAUGGAGAAGGAAGAAUUACACCAACAAAAUUAUGGGACUAUCAUGACGAUGGAGAAGGUGAAGUGUUAGAAUUUGGCCCAAGUGAAGGAAAGGCGGCCCUAAAUCAGUUCUUCGAAACUCUGGGAGACUUGGGUGAUAAUAUUAAUAUUUUAGAUCAGUUGAUUGAACUUUAUGAAAAUAGCCCUGAAGACUUUCUGAUGAGCGAGGUGGAAGCAAUGCCUGGCAUAACCCACAUGGAUAUUUUGAAUAAACUUCGAGAACUGAAGGGAGAACUCAUUGAUAAAGGCCCCAAGCGUUCCAGUCUCGAAGAAGCUAUGAUUCAAUGGGCGAGAGAAGUUGACCCUGACAAAGUUGAUGAGAAAAUGUUGAAUGCAAUUCAUGAAUACGCUUGUGCUCUGAGCCAAAAGCUGAAACCUUUGUUGGGGUCAGAUGACAAAACCGGCAAAGGUCCAGAAAGUACUUUUGAUGUACCGUUUGAAGAACUCGCAUUUCCAGAGGAGGGCGAAAAUGAAGUGAAAGUUGAAACUGAGAUGGCAGAAGGAGCUGAAGAAGAAGGAGAUGAAAGGAAAGAAGUCGAAGGAGAUGGAGAAGAAGGAGUUGGAGAAGAUGAAGGGGAAGGAGUUGAAAGGCUAGAGAAAGCAGAAGAUGAAGGCGGAGAAGAUUUAGAAAAAUCAGACGGCUAUGGUAGAGAAGAUCAUGGCGAAUAUGCAGAGGGAGAAGAAGAAGAAGGAGAAGAAGGUGCAGAAACUGAAACAACUCCGGAGCGGGAGCCAGAUGAACUUGGUAAAACGGAAACAGACUUGCAUCUGAAUGAAGACAUGAGAGAAUCGAGAGAUACGAAAGAGUCAGAUUUCGAAGCAGAUGAAGAGAAGUUUAUCAGAGAUAUAGAGGGUGAAGGUUACAUACCAGAUGAGAUGCCAACUGUUUUUACAGAAGAAGAAAUUGAGGGAGAGGAGGAACCUACAGAAAUUGAUGUACUCUAUCGAGCUGACGCAGAACCACCAUCGACAGAGGAACCUUCUCGACUAACAGAAGAAAUAACACCAGUAACAAAAGAGGGAGUUCCUCCAAUACCAGAAGAAGUAUCAGCAGUAGUAGGUAAAGAGGAUGACAGAGUUAUCAGAGGACACAAGCCUUCGGUGGUAGUAGAGCACUCACCAGGCACGGUUUGUUGUCUUUCGCUGAAAAUUUGGGCAGUUUGGCUUCUCGAGAUCACCCACAAUGCCCACACUUGGACGAAAUGGAUGCACGAAGUCAUAAAACAAGUGAGAGAGUUCGCGUCCAUCGUUAGAGGCGACGUGACCCUUCCGAACGGAGAGAAAAAGAUUUUGUACAAGGAGGAUUGGCGAAAGUUCACGAGAGAUACCGAGGAAAAGAUCAUCGCCUGGCGACAGUAUAGCGCUCAUGUGAAAGAACUUUCAAAUAGCAUUAUCGAUAAUUUCCAUAUGAAGAAAGUGAAUUGUUGUCCCAAAUGCCUACAGGAUCACCUCAUCAAAAAUGUUGUCACCGCACAUGAAACAUUCCAAGCAUUGACGGAAGCGAUGAAUUGCGCUGGUUAUUGGCAGAGAUGUUUGGAUAAUCUCGUACAGAAGACGACUGCUUUAACGGAAUUGAAUAAAGAUGAAUCAGAUUCCGAAGAAUCUGGUGAUGAUUUUGUGGAGAUUGAAGAAUUGGAUAUCAAGAAAGACGAUAGCAGUGAAUCUUUUUACGAAAUAGAAGAAUUAGAUCCCAGUGCAUAUACAUCCAAACAGAACCGUUAAAUGUAAAGUAUGUUCAAUUCAUUUUUGUGGUGUAAUUGGCUUCCUGUUUCAUCCCAAUAAAAUUGUAAUGUUUCUUGGGAUUAAUA